CAAUUUGAAUUUCAGUUUUUCCUUGCAGUGGCAAAUUAUGGAUCCUUGAAAUCUGUCCCGUCCAAUUCCACAAUUUUCAAGUGGAACAAUAAAUCUCGCAAUUUUGUCGUCUACCAAGCUAUAUUACAACCUUUUAAUUUAGUAAUUGAAGCUAUGUUAUAGCCUAUCUAAUAUGACAAUAAAAGCUAUAUUAUAACCAUCUAAUCUAGUAUAAUCAUAUUUACCAUCAACACUUUUCCUCACAAAACUGCUGCUAAUUUUUAUAUAAGUUUAAUAGUGUAGUGGGGUAUUAAACAAUAAUUUGCUCAAUUAAUUAGCUUCAGCUUUAAGUGAAAAAUAAAAUUUGGGGGGUUUUUAAAUUUUACUUCCACCCAUUUCGUUUCUGUUCUUCUGAGCUUUGUUUGUGUCAGGGACUUGUGCCCACUCUUAUUCUUGUCUUUUCCUUUUAAUUGGGAUACAUGUAUAUACAUUAUUAUAUUAUGACAAUUUAAUGUAUACUUAUAUGAAUGGUUUUGUUUUUUUUUUGUUUUUUUUUUGUUAUACUGAUGAAGGCAUUUGCAGAAACAUAUACAUUUGUAUUCUGUAUAGUCAUUAUUAAAGCUGAACUUAUAUUGUUUUAUUUAGACAAAUUGUUUGCGUCUCACUAGUCAAAAAAUUGUUUUGCCGGUCAAAUAUUGAAGUCUCACUUUCUCAAUAAAGAUAGUAAGAUAGAUAGAUUCUAAAAGAAUUACGUCUAUCUACAGAUGGCAACAGCUUAACAGAUUCUGUUGUAUACAAAUGGUCCUGGUAGCACAGAGAGUUCUUGGAGCACCAACCCCUGCCAACCAUUGGUGCCUACGACUGGACACAUUUUACCGUGGCCGACUACCAUUUCCUUGUAGUGGCCAACGCUUUCACUGGCGAAAGCACUCUGGCCUUCUCGGUCCUCUACAUCUGGCAGGGGGACAAAUGGGUGGAGUUUCAGACAAUGGAGGCAAGU